AUAAAACUGACAAGAAGAAGAAGCAUAACAAAAGUAUUUGUGUUUAUAGGGGAAUAUUCCAAAAUCUUAAUUGACAACUCAAAUCGGAAUUUAUUCGAAUUAUGAUGCAGACUCAUUAGACGCAUGACUAAAUCAGCCAGUGCCAUAAUAUAAGGACUUGGAGCGUGUUGGAGCGACAGAUCGAACAUGGAUCCCCAGAAAAUUACGGAACUGGCCAACCUGCUGCGCCAAAACGGCGACAAAAUAUUGAGCUCUGAAUUUACCUUAACGUUAUCAGGUUCCCUUCUCCGAGCCCUGAACGACUCCUUUACUUUGAUCGCUGACACCGAGGUCUCCCACGACCAAUCCUUUCAAGUGGUCAAGCCCAUCAAUGCCAAGUCCAGCGUGUUUCCUGACCUGCAGCUGCUGCAUGAUUUUGUUCAAAAGACGACGCUGCUGAAGCUGACCCACUUUCCCAGCGAGCUGCACUUUGAGGGUCCCAUUGACAUUGCUAAAUUCCGGGGACUGCGGAGGCUGGAAGUGCACAAGAUCAACAUAAACCAGGUGGUGGGCAUCCAGGCACUUCGUGGUCAGCUGCAGCAUCUUAUUUGUGUUAAGAGCCUGAACUGCGUGGACGACAUUAUUACUCGGUGUGGUGGCGAUAACUCGAACGGGUUCGUCUGGAACGAGCUGCAAUCGGCCGACUUCAGCUACAACAACCUGCGUAGCGUAGACACGGCUCUGGAGUUCGCCCACCACCUCCAGCAUCUGUGCCUCCGACACAACAAACUAACCAGCGUGGCGGCCAUAAAGUGGCUGCCAAACCUAAAAACCCUCGAUCUGAGCUACAAUUGCCUGACGUACCUGCCGCAGCUCCAUGCAGAAGCCGGUAGGCGACUGCUUCUCCUGAACAUCAGCAACAACUUCGUGGAGGAGCUGCUAGACGUUGCUAAACUGGACUCGCUGAACAGCCUGGACCUGUCCGACAACUGCCUGCUGGAGCACUCGCAGUUGCUGCCCCUGAGUGCCAUUAUGACUCUAACCACGCUCUGCCUUCAGGGAAAUCCGUUGGCGUGCAAUCCCAAGCACCGGCAGGCGACGGCGCAGUAUCUGCAUAAGCAGACUUCAACUGUCAAGUUUGUCUUAGACUUCGAACCCUUGUCCAAGGCAGAAAAGGCACUGACGGGCAGUCAAAAGUGGCGCUACAUAGGGCCUCGUAUGCCGAGGAGUAGCUCCGUGUCGAUAAACAGUUCCACUGCCUCCAUCAACACCAGCGAUGGCUCUCAGUUCUCCAGCUUUGGGUCACAGCGGUCAGUGUCGAUCAGAGGCCACGACAAUUCUUCCGAAACUGAGCAGUCGGUAGAAACGGACACAUCCGUGGUCAGCAAGAGCUCAUUUAAAAGCAGGAAUCGCGUCAGGAUUGCGGUCAUAGAUGACACCAGUGAGAUAGCUCAAAGUUCUACUGCGAAGCAGAAGCCAGUGCCAAAGGAGCCGUCUCUUCUCAAGGCCCUGGAAACGGAGGAAUGGCUGGAAGGAGGUAAUGCUGAGGAAUUACUCCGUAUGGCUGCGUCAAAGACCAGUGAAGAGGAAAUCAUUCAGGGCCGGCAGCGAUUCGAGGAGUAUCUUGGCGGUCUUUCCAAAUCCCCACAGGCAGAUCUGGAUGAGGAAGAGCUUCCCAACAUUAGCUCCACUCCGACUAACGCGGCUCUUGGCGCGCACUUCGACAGCACCCUGACUCCUAUAAAACCUGACUCCGGAAACGUGUCGGAUCAAACAUUGUACGAGACCUGCGAAGAGGGUGAUGAGACCGAAUAUAAGAGCAUCAAUGAAAGCGCCAAGUCGAAGGCGGAUCAAGAGCCUGACAAGCACGCACAAUUGCUCAGCCUCUAUGCCAGCAGUCCGGAUGCUGCUCAGGAAGAAACCCCAGUUUCCGAUGCGGAACCGGAUGAGGAGACAUAUAUUGUCUAUAAUGAACAAAACUCAAGUGAAGCAAUGUUCCUUACCAUAUCUUCAAACUUUAUUCGCGAGAAGGACACACUUAGUGAACGAACCAUCACAAAGUGGAGUCUGAAAAUACUGGAAUCCUGUGAACGUGUCAAAUCCAAUACCCUCCGAAUCAUUUUCAACACAAUUCGGCAGGACAAGAAGGAGCGCAUAUAUUGUGUUGAGAGUUCUUUGUGCCAGGAGUUGGAAGGAAAGCUCCGGAAUAUUCUCUCGCAGCGCGAUCUCACAGAAAUGAACAUUGCCGUCUAUCGCUGCGUGAACUGCAUGACUCAGUUUACAGUAGAGCAGAAAAGCAAACGAUACAAAACGGAUGGGUUGCGUUGUCCUGACUGCCGGAGUGUCUAUGUGACAGAGGUGACGGAUUUGUCUGCCUCCAUGGAAAAGCCGAAAGUGGAAAUCCCACCGGAACCAAAAAUUUCGCCAGCCUUGAUUGUGGAAGAAUCACCACCAGUGACAACGCCGAUUUUAGCGUUAAAUAAGGAGGAAAAUAACAGCAUUGUGGCCAACUGCAGGCUAACAACCGCUAAAAACACACCAAAGCAUAGGAGUUUGAUGCAAACCACCAAAAGUUCCGCCAACUCGCUGAAUGACAGCAGUUCCUGCUCCAAAAUUACAAACUCUCGAAGCUCCUUCGACUCCAAUCAGUCGGUCGUCGGCAGCUCGAACACGGAUCGGGAUCUGGAGUUCCGGGCCAAUGAGAGUGAUGUGGACAUCAUCUCCAAUCCGAGCCAGUCUAGCAUCGAAGUGCUGGACCCCAACUAUGUCCAAAGUGGUAGUCGCAAGGCUUCGGAAGAACGGCGUCUAUCCCAACUAUCAGAUCUUGCUUCGUCCGCCGAUGCAGCUCGCCAAACGCAGAUUUUCAUGGAGCGAGAAUCGGAGCAGUUGCUGGCAGAGCGGACACAGCCGGGAACACCAUCUACGGCAGACACAGUGCUUGAAGCAGCACCGGCUAUUGCCCAAGUUCAACUUACAGAGAGCAGCUCGUCGGGGUCGGUGACGGACAGUAUAUGCACCUCCUACGAGCAACAGGGCAAAGAAAAGAUCCCAAACCUGCCAAACUCUCCGCUCACCCAAUCGGGAAGUAGUCAGGCUAGCGCCACUACUCCAAAUGCCAACGGACAGCUCAAGGCAUCCACUGAGGUCGGCUCUCAGCCCUUUUCAUCCGUCUUCCAAUCAACCAAUCUGCUCAUGUCCAGCUCGAAGAAACUCAUCGAGUCGCAGGCCACCGCCUCCGGUGCCCAGCCAUACAAGUUCAACUACAGCAACUUCAGCGACAUCGAUCACCGCCUUAAGCUUUACUUUUACCAGAACAAGUUCAAGCUGGAAGGCGAGCACAUCAAGUGGCUGGCCAAGGGACGGAUCUACAACGAGCAAACCCAGGGUCUCGGGGAAGGACUCUUGGUGAUGUCCACGAAGAAAGUAUACCUGAUGGAGGCAUUUGCAGCCCCCGAGGACGACGUGGCCAAGUGGCUACGACAGACCGUCAGUGUAACCGUAGACCGGUUGGCGGCUGUUGAGGUGUUGCCUUGGAAGUUGGGCCUCUCGUUUACCAUCAGCGGUUGGGGUGGAUUCUCGUUGUUGAUGCUCGACAUGCUGAGGACUGAUAGCUUGCUACUGUACCUUCAAGAUAAUGGUUUGCCUGUCCUAAGCCAGCAAGGUUCCGAGGCACUCAACAACUACCUGCAGACGAUUGAGACCGAGCCCGUAAAAGUAUGCGCUCUACUACCCCGCUGCCAAUGGACUUGUGGCCAGGAGCAACAAAGCUUUGAGCCCUGCCUGCUCCUGACCACAGCGACCCAGCUUUACAUCUCAGGAAAAGGCAAAUUAACUUGGCUAUCGGCGAAGAAACUAGACUCUUCUCCGCCUCCAUUAGAAUUUAACCUCAUCCAGCCUAUGAGCAACUUGGUGGAUGUGGACCAAAUCUCAGACCUGCAAUACGUGAUUAAUUUUAUCGAUGAGACCCAGAACAAGUGUGAGAUCUGGCAACUGCAUUUCGAAACGCAAACCAGCGCCGAAUGCUGCCUCAAUGCGGUGGGACAGGAGUGGGAGCGCCUAUUCGGCGUGCCUUUCUCAUACAUGGGCACGUAGUUCAACGCCCUUUCCUGGGGACCAAUUAGCUUAAGAGGACCGUAUAUUGUGCAAAAGUUUCUAAUUGUUGAUCCCUAUUGAUUAUGUCAUCUAAUAUUCGAUUAGCUUUAUCAUUUGAACCUACCUUAAUACAUUUAAACUUUAGAGUAGGUGUUUAAAGUUUUUGACAAUAUUAAUAUGGUGCUUAUCCACAUUUAUUGUAAAUAUUUAUUGUGUACCGAAAUCAAACUAGUUAAAUAAAUAAUGCAAUAAUAUUAAUAGGCAUAUGUAUUAGUAGUGCCACAGCAGACAA